GCCUCCCCCUGAACCGGCAGGGCCCCCGGAGCCGGAGGAGGAGAUCCUGGGCUCCGACGAUGAGGAGCAGGAGGACCCAGCAGACUACUGCAAAGGAGGGUACCAUCCGGUGAAGAUCGGGGAUUUGUUCAACGGGAGGUACCAUGUGAUCAGGAAGUUGGGGUGGGGCCACUUCUCCACCGUAUGGCUAUGCUGGGACAUACAAGUGAAGAACUUUGUGGCGAUGAAGGUGGUGAAGAGCGCCCAGCAUUACACAGAGACGGCACUGGAUGAGAUCAAACUGCUGCGAUGUGUGAGAGAGAGCGACCCUAGCGACCCCAACAAGGACAUGGUGGUUCAGCUGAUAGAUGACUUCAAGAUCUCUGGAGUCAACGGCAUACAUGUGUGUAUGGUGUUUGAGGUGCUAGGUCACCACCUGUUGAAGUGGAUUAUUAAAUCCAACUACCAAGGUCUGCCUCUGCCAUGUGUCAAGAGCAUUAUCAGACAGGUCCUUCAGGGUCUGGACUACCUCCACACUAAAUGUAAAAUCAUCCACACGGACAUCAAGCCAGAGAACAUCCUGAUGUGUGUAGAUGACGCCUUUGUAAGGCGUAUGGCCAUGGAGGCAACCGAAUGGCAGAAAGCUGGAGCCCCCCCGCCAUCUGGAUCAGCAGUUAGCACAGCCCCCCAGCUCAAACCGGUGGGGAAGAUCUCCAAGAACAAGAAGAAGAAGCUGAAGAAGAAACAGAAGCGGCAGGCAGAGCUGCUGGAGAGGAGGAUGCUGGAGAUCGAAGCCCUGGAGAGAGAGGCCGAGAAGAGGGAGGAGAAAGCCAAAGAAGGAGGAGAGAAAGGGGAGCAUGAACACAACCUGUCUUCACCACUGCAGCUGCCGCCACCGCAGCUGGGCCCUAGCAUGGCCCUGGGAGAGAGCGACGAGGAUGAUGAUGAUGAGGAGGAUGGGGAAGAUGAGGAGGAGGAGGGAGGAGAGAGGGAGAGGCCCAUCAGGUUGACUAAUCAUACAUGCGCAGCACCUCCCCAGGAGCAGAGCGAGGCGCCCCGCAUCACUGACGACGACCCCAAUGAGGAGGAGGAGGAAGAGGAGGACGAGGAAGAGGAGGACGAGGAGGAGGAGGAACCGAGGAGGCAGGAAGAGGAGGAGGAGGAGGAGGAGGAGGAGAAAAAGACUGAAAGAGAGGAGAAUGAGACAGAGGAGCCAAAGAAUGAGAACAAAACAGAGGAAGAAGCAGCGGUAGAAGAAGAUGUGUCAAAGGAUCAGGAGGAGGAGGAGGAUGAUGAGGAGGACGAGGAGGAGGAAGAGGAGGAUGAGGACGAGGAAGACGAGGAUGACGACACGACUGCAGAGCCCCUCACGGAAACCACCUCCCCCAUCAAACUCCACAACAACAAAAGCAAUUCGGCCAAAACCAAUGGUCACGUUUUGUUGGGAUCUGAGGGACUGAAACCGAACCCUGGCACUCCUCCACCUCCCUCGCCCACUCCUGAGCCCAUCCUCUGCCCUCUGGUGGAGUCCGAGCUCAGCUACACGGACAGGGACAACUCUCUCAGCUCCGGGUAUGAGAUGCAGAAUGGCGAGCUGGCUGAGCCUGGACUGACCAACGGCUCCAGUGACCGCCACCGGGUCACGAUGCCCCUUUUCCCGGAUUUGCCCCUGGAUCCUCUGCCGGGAAACCCCAUUUCUGUUGGCACGGCAGACAUUGGAGCAGGACCAUCACCCAACAGCCCCACCGCUGACCGCAGUCGCACUGUGUCAUCCUCAAGCACAGGAGACACGCCUAAAGUCCGAGCCAGAGCUGCAGAUCUCCUGAUCAACCCACUAGACCCGCGCAACGCCGAGUCUAUUCGAGUCAAAAUCGCUGAUCUUGGAAAUGCCUGCUGGGUGCACAAGCACUUUACAGAGGACAUCCAGACGAGACAGUACCGUUCCAUUGAAGUCCUGAUUGGAGCUGGUUACAGCACCCCUGCAGACAUCUGGAGUACUGCCUGCAUGGCUUUUGAGCUGGCUACUGGAGAUUACUUGUUUGAGCCCCACUCUGGAGAGGACUACUCCCGUGAUGAGGACCACAUAGCCCACAUCAUAGAGCUGCUGGGCUGUAUUCCGAGGCACUUUGCGCUCUCUGGAAAAUAUUCCCGGGAGUUCUUCAACCGAAGAGACCACAUCGCUCUGAUCAUGGAGCUCCUUGGGAAGGUCCCACGCAAAGUGGUCGCUGCCGGGAAGUACAGCCGAGAGUUUUUCUCCAAGAAAGGUGAGCUGCGGCACAUCACCAAGCUGAAGCCGUGGUCCUUGUUUGACGUGCUGGUGGAGAAGUACGGCUGGGCGCAUGAAGACGCCGGCCACUUCACCCACUUCCUCCUGCCCAUGCUGGAGAUGGUGCCCGAGAAGAGGGCCUCGGCCGGCGAAUGCCUCAAUCACCCCUGGAUCAACUCGUAGCCACAAUCUCUGAUCAAACGCCCUCCUCCCCUUGUCCCCCAACAUUUAGCUAAAACAUCACCCCCUGGUGGCAGCCUGUGGAACAACAGCACGGAGAGAAGCUGGAGACAAACAGAUUUGAAGUAGACUUAUUCUUUCCUGCCCUAUCCUACACAUCUGUUACAUGCUUAUCUGAGUAGGCUUAAGUUCCACACAAGCCCUUCAUCUUUUCCCAAAAGGAAUGUAAAGACAGGGUUAUGGAGAUAACAUGACAUAGUAGCUGUGUCUUCCAAAACAUCUCCCAAAAAGAAUCAGAUAAUUUGAAGAUGGAUGCUGCUCGCACCGUAAAAGGGAGAAGUCAGGCUCUGUCUGAAAGAGAUGUGCUUUCUUCUCGUCUGCUGUCAAGAUGUCAGCCGGUCUCUUCCAUCUAAUCUCUUCCUAAUUCUCAGUUUUAAUUUGUUUGGAUCCAGUCGUGGGCCACUGACAGCUGCUGAUCUCUACAGUGAUGUGAAAGAAAAGUCAACGAGAAGCCCCAUCGCAGUGCCGACAGCCCAGAGCUCCAUCUGCCAUGACCUUUACAUAGCCAGGGCCUCAAAGACAGACAAGUGUGUGUGUGUGUGUGUGUGUUCUUGUGGGUGAGAAUGAGCACAUGUGCCUGUGCUCAAGAUCCGCCUACAUAGACCCUUCUCCUCUCUUUCCAGCCCAGUUGCCCCACCUUCACCCUGCUAUGGAAGGAACACCCACGUGGGGCUAAAAGUUUACACCCUGAUUUCUUCUACAAAUCCAAGCCCAGAAAAAGCCCCCUUACCUGCCCCUCCUGUAACCCUUCCCCCUUCCCCUUCCUAAAUGAGCUGCAUGCUCCUGCUGGGGGCCACCUCAGAGAACUGGAGGGCAGCCAGUCCUCCAGGGGGCACCACACUGACAGUUGCCACUCUGACAGAGAGAGACAGGAAAAGUGCGGAAUGAGCAAAAAAAAAAAA